AUGUUACCCAAUUCAGAAACCUCUACCUCUACGACGAUCGGACAGCCUCAACCGAACAACACUCUGAGGGGUGAGAUGGAUAAUGAUGAUGAAAGAGAGCAACAAGUUGUGUACACAUAUACUCUGGAUCAUCUGAAUAAUAAUUUGUCUUCUAAUUCUAUGGAUGAGAGUCCAAGCCUUAAUCGUUUUCUUCCAUCUUCACCUACCUCAUCAUCGGCAUCUUCAAGCUUUGCCAUUGUAAAUUCCCACCUUGAUGAUGAGAGUAGAGAUAACGUACUGGUUGGUACUGAAUUGUUUAGUAAUGAUUUGGAGGGCAAAGAGAGGCAAGUAGAUUUGUCCUUUUCAGAAUUGUCAAAGAAACGGACCCGACAGAUUAAGGUGGAAGAAUUACGUAAGAAAGAGGCUGCCUACAAGCUCUUGUUAAAGAAUGAGGAAAAGAAGAAACGCCGUAUGCAAAAAGCUAUAGAUCAAAAGAUGGAAAUUGAAAAGGAAAAGAAGAGACUAGAAAUGGCUGAGAAGACACUCGACAAUAUCACCAUUUGGAAAAAGAUUGAGGAAACACGAAAAAAAAAUGUUCAGAAGAAAAUUGCUCUCUUGCAAAGCAGUGCGUUCAAUGUGUACAUGUCCAAGGUAAACCUCAUCAAAAAAUUGACAGAAAUAGAGGUCAAAGAAAGCCUGAAUCAAAUCGUUUCCGAGCUCCAUGCUAGCCCUUCCAACCAUCAACAAAGCCUACUCUCACAUGAACAAGUUAAAAAACAAGCACGAGAAGAACAACGAAAAAUUGUACAAGAGCAAGCAAACCACCACGCAAAACAUCAUCAUGUAUCAAAUAUGUCAUCAGAGACAUCCAUACAUUCGACAUCUAAAUUCGCUCAAAAUUUGCAACUGCUUACUUCUCUCUCUAAAACAGAGGAAGACAAGGAAAUCGAUCAAAGCACUCGUAAAUACCUCAAAAAUUCCAUGCAACAUCGUCAUGACUCUAUAGUGCAAGCUCACAAACACUCUGAAGAGAUCAAUAACAAGGUGAUUGAACAAUUAAUCCUUUCCAAAAAGCAGCAAGUGGAGUCUGAAUUUGAUAAGAAGAUUGUGCAUGAUCAUUUGGAGAAGGUUAAGAAACUCACAUACGCCUCCAAUGUUGUGGGAUUAGAGAGUGAAGCUUUGAAAGAACUACUCGAACUUCCAGAAGAGCAGUUUGAGACAGAUAUUGGAGUGGCAGAUGCGGAAAUGGAUUCCAUCCGGGUGGAAAUUUACAAUUUGGAAGCCAAACGAAGACAGAAUCAAUCAAACCAUUCUCAACACAAGCUCGAAAUUAAGGAAUUCAUAGAGGUGGGCGAACAAAAGAAGAAACGAUUCAAACAAGUCUUGCCCAAACUAAAACAAGAGCUACAAAUUAUUAAGCAAGAAGCUGCUCAAUACGAGGAAGAAUAUGGAGGCAUGUCUCUCACUACAAUGGACGAACAAAUGACUGCCAACGUACAAGAAAUGAAACGUCUAAAGAGCGAGGGAGAUCAAAUUCUUGUGGACCUCCAAAGCUCCUUGCAACAAACACGGCAGGAGCUUGAGAGUCAAAUUGAAGACCUGACACUUGAAGUUGCAGAAGCGGAGAAGAAGGCUCAAGAAUGCCAAGAGAAGGUGAAUGAUGCAUGUGCACGGGAGAAAUCAAGGGAGGAGCGCCUUACUUACAUGCAGCAGUCAAUUGAAAAACUGAAAGAUGGAUGUCAAAACUUUGCCUCCAACUUUGAAAAGAGAAAGAAACAAGCUCACAUUCAAACCAAUCAAAAGUAUGCUGAAAUUAUCAUGUUCCAUGACUUGAAGAAUAUCAUGGAAAAAGCAAAGAGAUACUACACACUGGAGUUGGGCACAGCCUUGAAAGACAAUACAUCACUCAUGGAAUAUUUAAACACGAGAGUGAAGAAUUUGAAAGAACGAUUGGCUGUUUCUGAGCAAGCCAUGCAAAAAAGUAUCGAGUAUGCUACCUUUUUGAAAUCUCUCACUCAUGAUAGUGUCUAUUUGGAACAUACAGUCAUGUCCAAGUAUUUGGAGGUACGCGAUCAAAUUGUCACAGGUUGGCGAAAAUCUCUCGAAAGUAAGGUUCGACUCGUGGCACAACAAAAUUGUAGACCUUUUAUUGAGAGAGAAAGAGCCACUUCGGUUGUGAAACGAUUCAUUAAUAUGGUAUGGAUGAGAGACAUGUACAAGUCAGCCAUUGGUGUAAUUAUAAAACCCGAAGACGCCUCAGAACGAGACCGCGAUUUGGAACGAGUACGACAACAGGUCGAGCAACAAACAUUUAAGGAACAACGGCUUGCAGUGCUACUUCUCGAGUUGUAUCGAAGGUAUGAAAAACAACGCCUCGAACAAGAGCCCGAAAAAGUCAAACAAGAGGAAAAACAACGAAUUAUGGAAAUAACAAGGGCUGUGGAGAGACACAAACAAGAACUCCUCGAUAAGAUCCAGUACGAAUCAGAGAGCGAUGCCGAAAGUGAUAUUGAGGAUUCAGAUAUUGAAACAAAUUCAGAGAGUGACUACUUUAGCGAGGAGGAAGACCAAUUUAACUUUGACAUUCCAUCUCAUGUAGACGUGAUUAAGGAAGAGUUUGACGCGCUAGUUGAAAACAUUAAGGGUCAGUCACAAACACGAAUUCAUGAAGAACUCGAGGAGGUCAACCCCACACCAGAGUCGGGCUUACUUGGAAAGGACAAGUACAAGAAAAUGAUGGCCUCUCGCAAAGUUGGUUAUUCCUUCUUGGAGAAAGGCAAGCCAUCGGUCAAUGAACAAGAGAGAGAUGUGAAAAAGCAACGCAUCUUGCUCGUUACUCAAAAAAUCAUGAAAUCUGUACAAGACUAUAUUGACUUUUCUAAGGUCGAUAAAAAGAUGGAAAGUGUGGUCAUUCCCAACAUUAAGAAGCAGCAAGAACACCAGGCAAGACUUGAGAGCAACCUAAACAGAAACGAACAAAUCAACAGAGUGCCAGUUACCACUUCUCAAAUUAAACAAGGUAUCAACCAGGUGACAAAGCAAGAUCAACCACUACUAGGCACUGUCUCAUUUGCCUCCAUACCAGUUAUUCGUCCAACAUCCAUCUUUGGUGAUUAG